CACAAGGUCAGCUUUUACAAGCACAUCAUAACUAUCUUGCCUCCACCAGCAAAAAAGGCAGACAUCCACUAUCUAUAAGCACAUCACCAACCUCAAUCUCGGCCUUGCCUUGUACAUCCACCACUGGACACUCGCCCGUCAACAGUCUCAAGAGUCAUAUAUUCAAAUCGAGCAGGCCUCCUCGCCGGGAAUUAUCUUCAAAGACCCCAUAUACAAGCAACUGUGUCGUGCUACAACUUUCACUUUCACCACGACUUCCAGUCUUCUUUGUCACAUACUCUCUCACCCGUCCCCCAACGUCGGUCCAACUAAACCGCAGAGACAAUGGCCCAACACCAGCCUGGGGUUGGUCUUCCCUCCAUGAAUUACACAAGACAGGGUGAUUGGACCCUGAUAUUGCAAUAUGAAGGUUUCCCUUCAGUGGUUGUCCUUCCCAAGGAGGGGGAGAUGCACCACCCUGAGGGCUGUGCACAACACGUACGGAUCAGGUACAAGUGCACGCACCAAUUUGGCUGUACAAUCGCUUGCAAGUACAAAUGCCAACAUCCGCCCUAUAUCAGAGACAGACUUGCAGUCUCGGCCAUCUCGGAGAACGUGUGCAGCGGCUGCCUUCGCGCUGAACAGAACGCUGGACAGGAAAGGCCAGUGAAUACUAACACCGCCGGGCCUGGGCUUGAUGAAUUUGGUGAGACAAUAUUAUGGAUCAUUCUCUUGGCGAUCCAGGUGCUUCAUUAUGAUCCCCUUGCUCUGCCAGGCUAUCCCGGAGCAUUGAGCACCGCAACAUGGAACAAUUUCUUAACAGAAAAGCCCCACCGAGUACACAUCGAAGCAAUCUUGAUCGAAGAGCCCAUGCUGGACGAUCUCAACAAGCACAGAUUUCCCAUCCCGGCUCACUUCAGACCAUCCAGGCUAUCAAACGAGCUGCAAACAACCCGGCACACCCACCUGUCGAUGCGUCCACCAUGCCGGAACAUGCUGCAGGGACAACAACGGCGAGCUCAUAUGAACAGCAGCCUCCAGAAUCGAUACAGCCUCCCGUAUAUUCUUGGAUGCAAACGGUGGUGGAUUAUGAAGACGAGCCCGAGACUCAGUUGCCCUUACCUUGGUCACCUUUGCCGGCCUAUCUCGGUGGAGACGUGUAUAGCCCGAGACCCCUGGCCUUCGAAGAGAUCGCCCAGCGCCCUCCCAUGGAAUAUGAGGAGCCGGUAUUUUUUGAAGCGCUGGUUGAUACGGCUGCCAACCUACAGCCGUCCAAUUUGCCAAAUCCGGCCCCUCCACCGAUGCAUUCCGAAAUCUUCAAGUUCCAUGUGCCCCCCCCGUGUGUCACCGACAAUCAGUCCGUUGAUGCUUUCAGACGACUCAGAUCUGACUAGCGAGGACAAGCUUGACAAUACCAAUGUCCCGAACGGAUACGACUGGUUGGAUGAGUCUACGUGGACUUCCGCUGCCAACCCGCGGCCUCCGGGUCGGGAAACAAAGCUGAUCAUGCUGGACUACUGACCUCUGGGUCUUCACUUUUCUUUUCUGGACUUUGACUUUCUGGUUGUGGCCCCUUGGAGUUUUGCUGCAGAUUGCUAAACAAAAAACACACAUAAAGAAAGGGGUGGAGGGGCGUUUCUACUGGCAAACCGGGGCUACUCAACCCUCCCUCUACAUCCCGCCAAAAUA